GGGCCGCGGGCAGUCGCCUGGCUGCUGUCGCGGCGGCCACCCGAAGGCCCCCCAAGCCCCAGGAGCGGCGUUCCCCGCGCGGGGCGCGCCCUGAGAAGGGCGGGCGAAGCCGGGAUCCGGCUGCAGCGGGAGGAGGAGCUUCCAGAGCCGUGGCCAGAAAGGCCUCCGGGGGCCUGGCUGUAACUUCUCUUUGGAAGCCCGGACACGCUCCGGGGCGCACGCGCGCUCCCACUCGGGCACGCGCGUCCCCGGCUCCCCGCUCCCCCGCGCGCUCUCCGGCAAUAUUUUCCAAUUGCUUUCAUUCUCACACUCUAAAAUAGGUCAAGGGGUGGAAGUUACACCUGGUACAGCCCCCGGCUCUGAUGCAAAAGCAGUUUUUUCUCCGCGGAUCCGGGAGAGCAUUGCAACUAUUCAGUUUGGUGGAGCUUCCCGCCCCCAUACCGUGCAGAAAGCGCGACUACAGCGGCUCUAACAAUGGUCUGCAGAGGGGAGUGGCGGGAAGCCUCCUAUACAGCCUAGUUCUGCGGGCUCUGCGCCUGCCCGCCCUCCGCCGACAGGGAGGAGAGGGCGCGACAGGUCGCUUUGCGCGCGCGCACGUGCCUGCGACUGGGGUCUGACCGCCUGGGUGAGUUCCUGUGUUUUCUCUGUCAUUCCAGCCCCGGAGGGUGACCUGUUUACCUUGAAAACUUAGACGUGAUCAAAACAGGCGAGCUGGCCAUGCGGUAGGGGACUGCGGAAUGUGCUUCAGUGUACAUCGGAUAAAUCAGAACUCUGAGCUGCUGGGGACAUGUUUAGUGUCUUAAAGGGCCUGUAUUCCCUUCAAAGACUCCUACAAAGUGGUUCAUCCUGUGAAGGACCUCACUAUUUGAUUUCCCUCUUACUGCUAUUCAGAUACAUUAUGAACUGAGAAAGGCAUGAGUGACAACUGUUACUCUCUGAGGGUGACAACUGAGGGUGGAAACCGCCAUGAUUCACAAAGACAAGAAGUAAUUUUCCUGUAAUCACAAGAUGACUCAGGUCAGAGAAGGCUUUCUGGAAGAGGUGAUGCCUGUGACAAGAAUGAACAGAAGUUAGCCAGGAUAAGCACAGCAUCUCUGCAGGCCCCUGGAUGAGAGCAAAUGUGUCUCACCUGAGAAACCUGGAGUCCUUGAGAAUUACAGACUCAUCUGAUGCUGGGGAAGGGUGGGGAGACACGGCUGAAGAGGAUGGAUCAUGAAGCUGCGCAGCUGGAGAAGCAGCACGUGCAUGAUGUGUAUGAGAGCACCGCCCCUUACUUCACUGACCUGCAGAGCAAAGCUUGGCCUCGCGUCCGCCAGUUCCUCCAGGAGCAGAAACCAGGCAGUCUCAUCGCUGAUAUAGGUUGUGGGACUGGAAAGUACCUUAAAGUGAACAGCCAGGUUCACACCCUGGGCUGUGACUACUGUGGGCCGUUGGUAGAGAUUGCCCGGAGUAGAGGAGGUGAAGUCAUGGUAUGUGACAACCUUAAUCUCCCCUUUAGGGAUCAGGGCUUCGAUGCCAUCAUCUCUAUAGGAGUUAUACAUCAUUUUUCCACAAAACAAAGAAGAAUCAGAGCAAUAAAAGAAAUGGCCAGAGUCUUAGUUCCUGGAGGCCAGCUGAUGAUUUAUGUUUGGGCUAUGGAACAAAAGAACCGGCACUUUGAGAAACAAGAUGUGCUUGUUCCAUGGAACAGGGCCUUAUGUUCCCGGCUCCUCUCAGAAUCCAGCCAACCUGGGAGAAAGAUGCCGUGUGGACAUCCAGAAAGAAGCCAUCCCUACCAUCCCCCUUGCUCUGUGUGUAGCUGUUCUGUUUGUUUUAAGGGGCGAUGUGAUUCCACACAGUCCCACAGCGUGGGCUAUGAACCUGUUAUGGCCGGUGCCUGCUGUGCAAGUAUUCGUAAGGAAAGUGAGGAAGAGAAUGGAUUCUAUAAUACAUUAGGAAAAUCUUUCCGUUCCUGGUUUUUCUCCCGAUCUUUGGAUGAAUCAACUCUGAGGAAGCAAAUUGAAAGAGUGAGACCCCUGAAAAACACUGAAGGCUGGGCCAAUAGCACUAUAUCAAUCCAGCCUGCCAGACAUUCUAGUUUAGACUUAGAUCACCAAGAGCCCUUUUCCACAAGAGAGCAACAUUUAGAUGAGGAAGUGUUUGUGGAAACUCCUCAAAAACAUUUGGAGUGGCUAAAAGCACGAGCCACAAGGAAACAUCUAAAUGGAGACCAUCAAGGGGAAAUUAGAAGACAUGGCGAUGGGAAUUUUCUGGAUAGCACCAAUACUAAUGAGAGUUGUGUGGAUAGAGGGAACUUAGAAAAGGGGAAGGCUUCUGCUAGUAAAAUACUGAGAAAGGUUUCUGCAGUCGAUUCCAUGGAUUCCAUUCCAGAUGAUACAAUUCCUGUUGAAGAACAACAGCCAGACAUUUUGGAUUCUAGAGCCUUUAUGCGCUACUACCACGUGUUUCGAGAAGGUGAGCUCUGUGGCCUGCUGAAGGAGAAUGUGUCAGAGCUCCAUAUUCUGAGCUCCGGGAAUGAUCAUGGCAACUGGUGCAUCAUUGCAGAGAAAAAGGAAAACUGAUUGAUUGGAUCAUUUUAGACAAUUCCUCCAUAGAUGAACUACGUUCUUUGCACUGGGUUUGGUAUGGUUACCUGAAUUUGCAUCCAAGUGUUGUUAUUUUUUAAUGUAGUUAUGCUUCGGUCUGUGGAGACUCUCAACAGAUCCUCUUUUUAAUCUUUGGGUAAGCACAGAACCUGACAUUUAAAGCCUUUGUCAAAGGGUAUUUGUGGUGAAAUGUUGAUAAAAGAGAUCUGAAGAAGCAAUACAGUUUGGAUUUUUUCCCCCUGAAAGAUGAAAUUAUUAUAAGAACACAUGUAUAUUGUUUUUCAUUAUUAUACACUGAUUUUAAAUUAUUCUGUUUUUAAGUAUGUCUUCUAUAAAUAGCAUUUUUAUGUAGUUAGGGAGUAAUUUCUGUUUCUCAGGUUAUAACUUAGAUUUGUGUGCCAGAUAAGAAACAGGUAAACCUGUUCCAUUGCACAGAUGUAAAUUGAACCAUGUGAUAAAUUAUUUUGUUGCCAAGGCCUUGCUUCUACUUAAAGUCUUUAGAAAGGUGAGAGCAGAUAGAGAGACAAGAAGUGUUACAAGGACUUUUCUAAAACGAUUAGCAAACUUGCUUCAAGAUAAGUAAAUAAGUAAAUAAAUGUUAUCAAUGUCACUCAGAAGGUUUUUUAAAGGGACUGUUAGCAUGUAGAGAGUGGACUAUGAGGGUAUUAGAAGUUGUUUCAAAUACCCAAGUGGCAUUUUUCCAACCUUAUUAGAGGGAGGAAUAUCCAGUUAGGAUAAGACCAAGAUUGACUAAUGGGGAGUUUUUAUUUAGAAUGAUGCUUUUCUCAUGGACUGAAGGGAUAUUUAGGAAAUGAGAACCUGGUUGAAGCUCUGUUUCCACUCUCAAUAUAGAUUGUUAAGAUGUAAGAUAUUUGGCGUUGGUGGAACAUCAGUUGUGGAAUUUUUUUUUAUUAGUUUCAGGUGUACAAAACAAUGUAAUAGUUAGACAUUUAUACCCUCCUCUCUUAGGGAUCUAUGCAGAGAAAUCCAAAACACUAAUUCGAAAAAAUUUAUAUACUCCUAUGUUUAUUGCAGUUGUUGAAUUUUUAAAAAUAAUAUCCGGGCAUUUAUCCUAUUGAAAGUGACCACAUUUUGUUAGUUAUAUUAGAGAUUUAGGCAGACUCAAGUCCUGUAAAUCAAGGGUUGAAUUUCUGCCUCUUUACAGACAAUAAGUCAAUUGGGCGUUAUAUGGUCACUGCAUUAGAUUUAACCAUGGGACUGUUUAAAUCCAUGUCAUGGAUCAUGAAACAGAUAUAAUUAGGACAGUACUGGAGCUCUAAGAGAAGCAGAAAUGAGUUGACCCAGAAUUCGGCCUCAGAUACUUGCUUAGUGAGAAGAGAUUCGACAUUUAACAAAAGCCCUUUACUUUAUGGACCAUUGUAAUCCUGGAUGAAAAUCCAAUUCCAGUUUUAUUUUCCACUAAAAUUAACUGAAAUAGUGAAAGACUUCACUGGUUUUUGUUUUCUUUUUUCCUUCAGUGAUUAUGCUCUACCUUAAAUGAUGCUCCUUUCAAAGAAACUUAAAAGGUUAUUUUUAAUGUUUAGCUGACAAUUAUUGAUGUUCAUAACUCUUUUGGCUGUAAAAUAAGACUGUAUUAUCACCUUUUUGGUUGAUGAGGAGAUUGGUGGAAAUGAGGAAUAUGAUUUAUAUUGUUCAGCGCAGUGUGCAGUAGAGAGACAAUGAAAACAGGCAUAGAAGUGGAAUAGAAAUUAAAAAUUAAUUUAGUAUCUUCCAUUUCUUAAAUUAAACCUUGAGUAUAAGUGGUUUUCUUGGUGGAAAGAAAAGAUUCUCAGAGUCAGAGAAGUUCUUACAAUUAAGGCUGAGUGGCCUUUUUAUUAUGAGUGGAUUUUCCCUCUCUUUGAAGCCUGUUGUCACGUGUCUUUCAUCCCAAACUUGCUGCUAGAAUUCUGCUGGAAGUCAUCUCUUUCUGGUGGUAGACUACCACUUACAAAGAACUCAGUUUAUUAGACUGCGCCAGAAAAGCUUUGAGCUAACCUGUAUGAGCAACCUCCUACACACACACACACACACUUUGUAUAAAAUGAUUCUUCUCUAGGACAGUUCUUGAGAGAGAAAUAUUUUCACAUAAUUUACACAGAGCAGUAAAUGUAAAACCAUUAAGGAUAGCAGUUGUUCACUCUUCAUCUGCCUUUGGAUAGAUAUAUCCAUAUAUAUUAUAUAUCUCCUAUACACACACACACACACACACACACACACAGAUAUUGAAGAGCCUAAUAUCUUGAUGUCUUAAAUAUCUCGAUCAUUUAAAAAUCUUGCUCAUCUAUAAAACUGUCCUCAAAAGGAAAUACAAAUCACAGUGAGUUUAAACAUACUCAGGUUAUUUGUGAGUGUUCAGUCUUCCUUAACUUGCUCAGUUAUAGAUUUUGCUGAUCAACAUGAAGUGAUCUGAAAACUUAGACUCCAUUAUUAAUACUGGGUCAAACAAGGUCUUUACUCUUCCUUCCCCUUUACUUGCUGGCAUCACUGAAGAGUCCCAUGACCUGAAGUAGAAGGAAGCGUUUGGGUGAUUAUUAGAAGGUCCUUAAAAACCUUUGCUGGUUUAUUGGUGCCUCACUGGCCUACUUGAGUCAUAUGAUUUGGGGGAAAGUGUAUGAGCAUGGACAAAGGAUGCUCUCAAAAUAAUGUUAUUGUGGGAACCAUAUAAGUGACCUAUUUAAAUUAUUAUUUUUUUGAAUUGUCUCUAUAGUGGUGAAAUGUCACCAGCAUGUCAUAGUAACUAACAAAUCAUCUAACAAAUAUCUUGGCGUAUCAUACUGGUUUGGUCUUCCUUUCUCAUCACUCAUCUCUAUGCAAGAUGGUAUGUAAUUCUUGUUUCUAGUUUCCCUUUCUAUAUCCUUCCAAAUUCUAGAUAAAAAAUUCCUCUGUAUAUUAACUGUGCACCAAUUGAAUUGGUAAAAGUUGGAGGUAAUCCAGAGAGAAAAAUAAUCCAACUAUAAGUCAGCUAGGAACAUUAAUGUACUUUUCUAUAUGAAUGACCACAAAAAGAACAAGCCUGCUGGAUCCUUAAAAAAGAAAAAAAUAAAUAAAUUGUUUGGAGGAGGACAGAGGGUCUAUGCCCAGUAGUUUUGAACUUGGUUGGGGAGUUUAAAAAUGAGCUGUGACACCUACUUUGGGAGGAAGGGGAGGUGGGUGUAAUCAUUAGCCAAGCAGCUACAGUCUAGGAAGAACUAAUUAUGGUAAGCCAGAGCGUUUCUAUUGUGUAGAAAAUUUGAAAUAUAAUGAUAAGAACAGCUAACUUUACUUCAUAUCUGACAUUUGUUUUAUCUGUAAUUCUCACCACAGCCCUCUGAGAUAAGCAUAAUUAUUGUGCCCAUUUUGCAGAUGAGGAAAACUAAGGCAGAAAGCCAUUAAAUUGUUUAAUGUCGCAGUCACACACGUAGUAUCACAUAUCUAGUGAGAGGCAGGGCCAAGAUUCAACCCAGGCAGUGUGGCUCCCAGCCUAUGCUCAACCACCACAACAUGUACCCCCAGUCAUAGUACUAGGCAGACUCUAAGAGCCUUUUGAGGUAAGUGCGAUUAUCCCCUUUACAAAUGAGCUUUAGCAAGGUUAAGCAAAGACUACACAACUAGACAAUAAUUGGAUAGCAAUCCCUUACGUAUUUUCCCCAUCUUUUAUAUUUAAUUUUUCAUUUGUAAGUCUGUGUCUAUUUGAUUUUAAUUAAAAAAAUAGUCUUGGUCACAAAAUGUUCUGUGAUUACUUUUCUCCAACUCUUCAAUCCUUCAAAAAUGGUAGAACUGUUUUCCCAUUUUAUAGGUGAGAAAAUUGAAGGCUAUUCAGAUAUUUCAUUCAUUCCAUUAGUUUACUGAACCCUGCUAGUUCCCAGAUACGUAGAUUAUAAGGCAGUGAAUAUCAGGUGUGUUGAGUGUACACAGAAUAUUAGAAUUAACUAACCUGAGCACAAGCUGGAACAGUUUUCCUAUUUGUUGUAUCCCUACUACCAAGUUAUAUUGUUUAGUUUGAGGAAAGUGAUAUACAAAACUCCCUCUUAGGGAAUCACAAUGCAUAUUAACAUAUAGAAGGCUUACCCAAGUAAAGUGGACUUAAUUUAACUGCGCUUACUUGAGACAUAUUAACAUCCUCUAGCACAAGCAUUCUGUGCAACACAUUUCAUUAAAUAAUGCAUCUGAUAGAAUAAAAUGCACACUCCUUAAGAGGGCAUUCAUAAACUGACACUAAAUUACUUUCAGCCUCAACUCCUGCACUUGCACCCCAUUUUUUCUGUUCUGCAACCUGCAGUUUUAAACAAUGCUUUCAUUAGAAAUCACAUAAUGACAAGGAAUUAUCACAUCCCUGAGAUACAAACUUAGAUUUCAAAGGCUAUAAUUGCCAUCCUUCGCCAAAGAAAAAAUGCAGGAAACGGGCUUUGUUCUUUUAAAUCAAAGGGUGUGUAAGUUAAGUGUUAUCAUAUACCCAUCCAACAGAGAGGAAAACCGUGGGAGUGGAAGGAAAUUACAGAAGCAUUAGCAGACCCCAAAUCAGAAUGUUCAACUCCUCUCAUCCCAAUCUUAACUCAAAAUUAUGAUUACUGGUUUGAUAUUAUAGUUUUCAUAUUUGCGACCUCAAUUAUCUACAAAAUUGGAGUGAGAAUAUUUUAAAAAGAACUCUCACCAACCAAGGAUUGAAAUUACAAGGCAAAUAGAAAGCACGAGGCAUGGCAUGGAGAACACAAACAUAGAAACCUAAGAAAGCUAAUCAAAGAGAAAAUACUAACUGUGAAUUGCCCUAUUUUUUGGUUCCCCAUGAGUCCCAGUAUGUGACGCGGUAGUAGGAAUAUGCAUCACUUCAGUUAUAACACAGACUCUUCCCCUCUAAAUUUGGGUCUUCUGAUUGAUUGUACACAAGUAAUAACUUCAUGUGGGUGGGAUUCGAACUAUAAUAUAAUCUACAUGACCAGUGGAUGGACCACUUAUCAAAGUCUAUUGUCAAAUUGGAUCCUUCAUUUGUUAAAGAAAUAUGUAUUAUGUCUCUUUUUCAACUAGAGCUGGGAAAAAAAAAAUUUCCCCCAACCCAAUCAAGUAUUAAUUCACGUGAAGCAAUAUAUUUUCUCUACAUGGAAGAUUUAUUUUUCUCUAGAUGUUACCUCCAUAUAGAAAAGACAGUGGGUCACUGCAGUUUGUCUGCAGCCAGUGUUGAAUGUUGAGCUCCCUGAAAAAGUUAUGUUAAUAUUUAUGCUCGCCCAGCAGGGAAUUUGGUUGACUGACAGGCGUUUCUCUAGUGAGCUAAUCAUACCACUUCCAUGAGGUUUUCUAUUUACGUAUGGAGAGGGACUGCAUUAGGAAAGGACUGCUUUUCUACUCUAUUUACACAGAACCCUGCUACUACUUCAGGCUCACUAAUGAGCAUCUCAGUGGAAUUUCUGAGACACUUUGAAUAUGUAAGUGAAAACUGUCCCAUUAUCUUCAGAUGUUCUCUUAAAUAUGUAUGAUGUAAAUAUAUCUAUAUAUUCCUAGAUGUCUAGUGUUGGCUGUCACUACUGACCAGCCCUUUUAUGCACUUGUCAAAACAUUAGAUUAGCAAUUACCAUAGACAUGCAUUUCAUUGAAUAGAUUUUGUUUUGUUUGUUUCAGGGAAAUUGAAAGAUAAUCAUUAAAUGUUGUUGUGCCUCUUCUGGUGUUGACAUGUGUAUUUGUAUCAAAAGUACAAAACCUUUUUUUUUCUUGUACAGUGCACAGUUACUUUAGCUAUAUCCAGAAGAAGCUAGCAAUAGUUUUAAAAGCACAAAUUGAUAUAAAAUAUCUUGAAUGUUGUAAUAAUUUGAAGAUAAUGUUAUUUGUAUUUAUCAAUGAUGUUAGGAUCUUUUUGUAAUAAGUAGUAUUAAAAAUAGUGUAAUUUGUAUGCUUAUGAAAUGUAUUAGAUAAUUUAUGUAAGUUACGUAUAAGUGUACUUUUCAAAAAUGUUACUAGGUGAACAAAGUUUUGCCUUUCCUCUCCACUCCGAGUGUGACAGCUUUGUCAUUAUCCUCUAUCAAUUAAGCCUCUCCUUAUACUUCAACAGAACUGGGCAAAUUAGUGUUGGAAUUCUGUUAUCUUUGUCUAAAGAAAAUCAAGCUAACCGUUAAACAAUAGAUGGUCUCUUAAUGAGUUAACAAAAGGACAUUAUUGACUAAAAAAAUCUUUUAAAAUGAAUAAAGAUGCAGUAGACUAUCUGAAA